AUGUUUGUAAAUUCAAAUAAUAAAAUAUUUGUAUCUAUCGCAAGUUAUAGAGAUAGUGGUGUCUGUUGGCAAUAUGAUAUGAAAGAUAAUGAAGAUGCAGACUGUUUUAAAGAAGAUUUAUCACAAUAUGAAAGUAAUAUCUCGUCGAUUAGGAUGGAUUAUAGGGAUGCAAAAGGACCUUGUUUGGCCAGAUACCUAUGUCAGACAUUAUAUAGAGGUGAAAGAUAUUAUCUACAGAUUGACAGCCAUAUGAGAUUCAUUAAAGAAUGGGAUGAAAUACUGAUCAAUCAACUCAAGCAGUGUCCGUCAAGCAAGCCAGUUCUCACAGCUUAUCCAAUGGGUUAUACUUUACCCAAUAAUCUUCCAAACUAUACAUAUCCAACGCUUUUGGUAGCUCGUAGUUUUGGUAGUCAAGACAAGAUGCUGCGAUUGGGUUCGAGAUUGGCUGCUAUUCCAAAGUUAAAGAGUCCAGUAGAGUCAUUGUUUUGGAUAGCUGGUUUUAGCUUUUCAUAUGGAAGCAUGAUCACAGAAGUACAUUAUGACCCACAUCUUUGUCAUCUAUUCUUUGGUGAGGAGAUGCUAAUGUCUGCAAGACUUUGGACAUCCGGUUAUGAUUUCUAUUCACCGACACAUGCAAUUCUGUUCCAUCUCUGGAAAAGAUCGCACAGACCAACAUUCACAGAGCUAUCAUUCGAAGAAGACAGGCAAAAGAGUCAUCAUCGUCUAAGAGAAAUCAUGGGAAUACCAUCGGAUAGCAAUGACAUUGGUCGACCUGAUAUCGAAAAGUACUCACUAGGCACACAGAGAUCUAUUGAUCAAUAUCAGGAGUAUUGUGGUGUAAACUUUUCGAGCCAAUCAAUAUCUGAAAAAGCAUUAAAAGGUGGUCAUAAUGAUAGUUUCUUUUUAAAUGAAAUCAUUGAAAUGGCAAUCAAAUCACAGCAAGACAUGACGGAUAUAGAUAAUAACAGUAAUACAUUUGAAUCGAAUGAUCAACAUGAAAAUCAAGAUCAAAUUGCACAGUUACAUGAUGAAACUGCUAUUGAAAUGAACGAUGAUCCAUCAGCAGAACAUGAUGCACAACAACAGAGCGAGAAUGAUGGUGAUGAUGAAAAUCGAGAUGACAAUGAAGAUGUUGGUAAUGGUGAGGAAGACGAAGACGAUGAUGAUGAUGAUGAUGAUGAUGAAGAAGACGAAGACGAUGAUGAUGUAAAUCUGGUUCUAGAUACAGAUAUCGUAGAAUCAGGAAGAACAGCAAGAUCGGCUAUCAAACCAGGUUACAUCAAGGGUGUCACAUCUAUCACACCAGGUUCAGGAGCCAAAUAUGAUGUUACCAAACAGACCAACACCAACUUUCAAACAAACAGACCACAAAAGAGUAUUUAUGAUGUGAGCUUGGACUCAUUCGACGAUAAACCUUGGAACAAACCAGGUGCAGACAUCACCGACUAUUUCAACUAUAAUUUUACAGAGGAUACAUGGAAGGCUUAUUGUGAGAGACAAAACCAAAUUAGAGCCGAGCAAAAUAAUCUCGGAAAGAUCAAAUCUUACGAAUCAAAGAAUCAAGAUAAUAAGAAUGAUAUACUACCACCAGAGUUUUUGAUGAUGACAGAUAACAAUAAUGGUGGAACCAACUCAAACAAUAACAAUAACAACAACAACAUAGCUAGUAACAGCAACAGAGAUAUGAUGGCCAAACGAGCACCCUUAAAAAGAGAGAAUGCACCCUGGCAACAUGACAACAUGAAUCAUGUUCCACCACAUAUAAUGAGACAACAAGGUGGCUAUAUCCCUCCGUAUGCUGGCGGUGUUCCACCAGAUUAUUCACGUGGUCCUGGCGGUUUUAGAGGUGCUGCCUACAAUGACAACCCCAACCAACCCGAUGACAGACGCAGAGAUAGAGACAGAGAGAGAGAUAGAGAUCAGAGAGAUACUGGUACCGUUGGAAGAGACAGAGGAGAUAGGGAAAGAGACAGAGGAGAUAGAGAAACCAGAGAUAGAGAUAGAGAUCCAAGGGAUAGAGACAGAGAUAGAGAUAGAGACAGAGAAACCAGAGAUAGAGAGAGAGACAGAGAAACCAGAGAUAGAGAUCAAAUUAGAGAGAGAGAUAGAGACGAUUACAAUAGAAGUGAUGAUAGGAAAAAAGAUGAUAGACGUAGGGGUAGCACAGAGAGGAGAUCUUCGAGAGAUACCUAUCAAUCUCGUGACACUGAUUAUAAAAGAAAAUUAGAAGAUCAAGAGGAUGAAAGAUCAAAGAGAAGGAGAUAA